AUGUCUGGUCUCUCCCGCUCGCUGCUUUGGGUGGCCGGUUGCCUGGCUGCGCUCUGCGUGCUGACCACAGCUCAGAGCUCCGAUUUGACCCUGAAAGUGACUACACCCACUACUUCACCGACCACCACCAAGACAGCCCCAGUGACACCGACAACGCAUCCGAUGGUCACCACUCCAGCACCUGAAAUCUGUGAAAGCCGCAACAGCUGUGUUUCCUGUUUUAAUGCUAGCACUGCUCAUACUACCCGCUUUGGGAUAGAAUGUAAAGGUAAAAGCUACUAUUCAGAUAAUUCAACAGUUAGUGAUUGCCAGGUGGUGAAUGGCACAGAAUUCUGUUCUGUGCCCACUACCACAUCGUUGCCAACCAGUUCUACAGCUAAAACCACAACUCUGCCUUCCCCUUCUACAACUUCCACCACAGCUACUACUACAGAUUCAACUAACACCACUUUAACUCUGACUUCACAACCUGUGAGGAAGUCAACCUUUGACGUAGCCAGUUUCAUUGGAGGAAUUGUCCUUCUCUUGGGUGUGCAGGCUGUAAUUUUCUUUCUCUAUAAAUUCUGCAAGUCUAAAGAAUGAAACUACCACACUCUGUAAACAGACCCACUAAAUGAACAAGGACAGGCAUGUAACUCACUGAAACCAAAAUACUAUCUUUCAAGAUGUCCCACGUGGAAGACGCUAUUUCAGGAUCUUCAAAAUUUCAAAGGAUGCAUAUAGGACCAUCACCCUUGAAGAAAACAAAAUCAGUUAAAUCAUUUUGCUCAAUGGGAAUAUUUAAAAUAUUCUGCAUGAAUCCUUGUGGCUGUCUUCUUUUAUUUUAAAUGGCUGCUGCUGUGGGAUUAUAUUCUCUCUUCUUGACAUGCCAAAUGUAACUCUGUACUUGAUGGAAAACACUGUCCUGCACAGACAACCUCAUGACUCUUUUGGCAGUUUAAACAUAGUCAUUUUAAAGCCUGAAAGCUGCAUUAUUUUCAUCCUAACUCAGGAUGUAGUCAGAAUUGAGAAGAAUGUGCCAAAUGAGCAUCAAUCAGGUGGAUUUUUUGGCUAUCAU